ACCGUUAAAAACACGUCUUUCUUGUUAAAACGUAAUCGAAGUAGUAGAAAUAACACGCCAGUUUAUUUUGAAAAGAUUGUUACCCACGCUAAGGUAUUAUGGGGUUGUUUUAAGGACAAAGUAUUUUUUCCAGUUGGCGCGUCGGUCGCCCGAAACCGGAAGUGACAGCGAGUAGCGGCGCUCGCCAUCCUCAAGUGCCACGAAGUCGAGGUUGAUGUGGUUGAUGUUUUGAAAAUAAUUCUUGAAUCGAGCUGAAUUUUUGUCGAACGGGGACGGCGACAGAAUGCUGACCAAGUUCGAGACCAAGUCUGCCCGCGUGAAGGGCCUGAGUUUCCACCCCAAGAGGCCGUGGAUCCUGGCCAGCCUUCACAACGGCGUCAUCCAGCUAUGGGACUACCGAAUGUGCACCCUACUCGACAAAUUCGACGAGCACGACGGACCUGUGCGAGGUAUUUGCUUCCACAACCAGCAGCCCCUGUUCGUCUCCGGCGGCGACGACUAUCAGAUCAAGGUCUGGAACUACAAGCAGCGGAGGUGCAUGUUCACGCUGUUGGGCCACCUGGACUACAUCCGGACCACUAGCUUCCACCACGAGUACCCGUGGAUUCUGAGCGCGUCCGACGACCAGACAAUUCGCAUCUGGAACUGGCAGUCGCGAACCUGCAUCUGCGUGCUGACGGGCCACACGCAUUACGUCAUGUGCGCUCAGUUCCAUGCGUCGGAAGACCUCAUGGUCUCCGCGUCCCUAGACCAGACCAUCAGGGUCUGGGACCUAGCCGGUCUGCGCAAGAAGAACGUGGCACCCGGACCGGGAGGGCUGGACGACCACCUCAAGAACCCGGGGCACACCGACCUCUUCGGCACAUCCGACGCGGUCGUCAGACAUUUCCUCGACGGUCACGAGCGCGGGGUGAACUGGGCCUGCUUCCAUCCGACCAUGCCCCUGGUGGUGUCUGGGGCGGACGACCGCCAGAUCAAGCUGUGGCGCAUGAACGACUCCAAGGCCUGGGAGGUGGACACUUGCCGCGGCCAUUACAACAACGUCUCUUGCGUCACCUUCCACCCGAGGCAGGAGCUGAUCCUCAGCAACUCGGAGGACAAGAGCAUCCGUGUGUGGGACAUGACCAAGCGCACGUGCCUCUACACGCACCGUCGAGAGCACGACCGUUUUUGGAUCCUUGCGAGCCAUCCGAGCCUCAACCUCUUUGCAGCGGGACACGACUCGGGGAUGAUCCUGUUCAAGCUGGAGCGCGAACGACCUGCUUUUGCUCUGCACGGGAACCUGCUGUACUACUGCAAGGACCGCUACCUGCGGAGGCUGGACUUCACCACCUCCAAGGACGUGGUGUUGCUCCAGUUCCGUGGCGGCAGCCGCAGCCCCGUCUUCAGCAUGUCGUACAACCCUGCCGAGAAUGCGGUGCUGCUGAACACCCGCACCCCGAACCCGGAUAACAGCACGUACGACUUGUGCGCCGUGCCAAGGGACUCAGACUCCCAGAACCCGGAUCUGGUGGAGGGCAAGAGGUCGUCGGGGCUCACGGCCGUCUGGGUGGCGCGCAACCGGUUCGCGGUCCUCGACCGGAGCCACAACGUGGUGAUCAAGAACAUGAAAAACGAGGUGAACAAGAAAGUACAGACUCCAAGCUGCGACGAAAUCUUCUAUGCCGGCACGGGCAUGUUGUUGCUCCGCGACUCGGAUGGCCUCGUUCUCUUCGACGUCACUCAGGGCAGGCAACUGGCGUCUGUGAAGGCCAAGGUGAAGUAUGUGGUGUGGAGCAACGACCUCAGCCACGUGGCCCUGCUGUCGAAGCACACGCUGACCAUCUGCAACCGGAGGCUGGACGUGCUGUGCAGCGUCCAGGAGAGCACCCGCGUCAAGAGCGGGGCCUGGGACGACUCGGGCGUCUUCGUCUACACCACGUCCAACCACAUCAAGUACUCCCUGACCAACGGCGACCACGGGAUCAUCCGCACCCUGGACCUGCCGAUCUACAUCACUCGGGUGAAGGACUCGAGCGUGUUCUGCCUGGACCGGGAGUGCAGACCCCGGGUGCUGGGCAUCGACCCCACCGAGUACCGCUUCAAGCUGGCCCUGGUCAACCGCAAGUACGACGAGGUGCUGCACAUGGUGCGCAAUGCCAAGCUGGUGGGCCAGUCCAUCAUUGCCUACCUUCAGAAGAAAGGCUACCCCGAGGUGGCCCUGCACUUCGUCAAGGAUGAGAAAACUCGCUUUGCUCUGGCCCUGGAGUGCGGGAACAUAGAGGUCGCUCUCGAAGCGGCCAGGACCCUGGACGACAAGAAUUGCUGGGAGAAGCUUGGGGAGGCUGCUCUGAUGCAAGGCAACCAUCAGGUGGUGGAGAUGGCGUACCAGCGCACCAAGAACUUCGACAAGCUGUCCUUUCUCUACCUGAUCACGGGCAACCUGGAAAAGCUGCGCAAGAUGCUCAAGAUCGCCGAGAUCCGCAAGGACACGAGCGGCCAGUUUACCAACGCCCUCUACCUGGGAGACGUGGCAGAGCGCAUCAAGAUCCUCAAGAACUGUGGCCAGAUGUCGCUGGCCUACCUGUGCGCCAAGACCCACGGCCUGGCGGAGGAGGCCGAGGCCCUGGAGUCGCAAGUGGCAAACCCCGAGGCCCUGGGGGCCCCGGACCCCAACGCCACGCUGCUGAUGCCGCCGCCACCCAUCAUGCCGUGCGACGAGAACUGGCCCCUGCUCAGCGUGACGCGAGGAUUCUUCGACACCGCCGCGUCGGGCAAGAAGACCGCCAUAGCCGCCGAGGUCACGGAGGUGGACGCCGAAGGCUGGGGCGACGACACCGAACUCGCCUUGGACGAAGACGGCAUCGGCGCUGAGAAAGAGGUGCCUGAAGCGGCCGAGGCUGGCGAGGGCGGUUGGGACGUCGACGAAGACAUCGAGCUCCCGCCCGAACUCGCGGAGGCCGUCGGACCGUCUCCGGGCGGAGGAGACGAAGGCUACUUCGUUGCGCCGACCAGGGGCACAUCACCGGGCCAGCAGUGGACCAACAACUCCAAGCUCGCAGUGGACCACGUCCUCGCGGGAUCGUUCGAGUCAGCGUUCCGACUCCUGCACGACCAAGUUGGAGCCGUCGUCUUUGAGCCGUUGCGUCCGCUCUUCAUGUCGACGUUUGCGCGCUCCCGGACAGCCUUCCAGGGCCUCCCAGAACUUCCGUGCCUCUACGGACACCCCCUUCGGAACUGGAGGGACGCCACUCCGGCAAAGGGAGGUCUUCCGGCCGUCGGCUGCAAGCUGUCGGAUCUCCUGGACCGGCUGCAAGUCUGCUACCAGCUCACGACCUCCGGCAAGUUUUCCGAGGCGGUGACAAAGUUCAGGGCCCUGCUGUUGUCGGUGCUGCUUCUUGCAGUGGACACGCGACAGGAGAUGGCGGAGGCGCAGCAGCUCCUCGAGGUCUGCCGGGAGUACGUUCUUGGGCUCUCCCUGGAGACGGAGCGCAAGGCGCUUCCGAAGGAGACGCUGGAGGAGCAGAAGCGGGCUUGUGAGAUGGCGGCCUACUUCACCCACUGCAACUUGCAGCCGGUCCACCAGAUCCUGACGCUCCGCACGGCGCUGAACCUCUUCUUCAAGCUGAAGAACUACAAGACGGCCGCUUCGUUGGGCCGCCGUCUGCUGGAGCUGGGGCCGCGCCCGGACGUGGCGGCGCAGACGAGGAAGAUCCUGCAGGCGUGCGACAAGACGCCGACGGACCAGCACGACCUGAGAUACGACGAGCACAAUCCGUUUGCCCUGUGCGCGAAAAGCUACGUUCCGAUUUACAGAGGCAAGCCGGAGGUCAAGUGUCCGCUGUGUUCGGCCAGCUACCUGCCGGAGUUCAAGGGAUCCGUCUGCACCGUCUGCUCCAUUGCGGAAGUCGGGAAGGACACCAUCGGUCUCCGCAUCAGCCCCAUCCAGUUCCGUUAGGCCUCGUCGGCUAUUCCGUUUUCUUUUGGCAUCACUUUUGUGUGGUCCUGCUUUGGCAACACUGUAUAUGAAUUGGCUGCCAUGGUGGGCUUGCAUUCUCAGACUAAACUGAGACCGGUUUGGAUGUCGUUGGGCUUGUCUCCUCCAUUCCAGCUAAUAAAUGGAAGUUAGAUCAUG